CUCAAGGAAUUCAGGAGUAUAAACAGAAUAAAUCAUCAGAAUUGAUAGAUACGGACAUUCAGUCGUUCUUGGAUCGCUUUUACAUGUCGCGUAUCGGUAUUCGCAUGCUUAUCGGUCAACAUGUCGCGUUGAACAGACUCCCUACACUAUCCGAUUAUGUGGGUAUCAUUUGCACUAAAACGAAUAUCUCCAAAACUGUUCUGGAAGCAGCCGAAAAUGCAAAAAACAUAUGUGAAGAUUAUUAUGGUCUUUUCCGCGCGCCCGAAAUUCAAUUAUACUGCCCCGAUGAAUUAAUUUUCACCUAUGUACCAUCGCAUCUAAGUCACAUGUUAUUUGAGUUAUUAAAGAAUAGCCUACGUGCGGUGGUUGAAUUCUUUGGCAACGAUGUCGAUGAAUACCCGCCAAUCAAGGUGAUCGUCGCGGAAGGAAAAGAGGACAUUACGGUGAAAAUAUCUGAUGAAGGAGGUGGCAUCCCACGAAGAAACAUUCCCUUGGUGUGGACGUACAUGUACACGACAGCCAAGGCGAGAAGGCUGGAUCCCGAAUUUGACCAAUCAGAUUUCAGAGCGCCCAUGGCCGGUUUUGGUUACGGGCUGCCAAUUAGUAGACUGUACGCAAGAUAUUUUGGCGGUGAUUUGAAAUUGAUUUCGAUGGAAGGAUUUGGGACAGAUGUAUACCUUCAUUUGAAUAGGAUUUCAAAUAGCGAUGAACCUCUUCAAUAA